ACUCUUGUACCUGGCGUGUAAUCUUAUUACUUUACUUCAAUACGAACUUAUAUAGAGUGAAGAAAUAUAUGUCUUAACUUUUUAAAUACAUAGUUUGAAAAAUUUACCGAAUACUAAAGUGACUUUAUUGGUACUUGUUAAUAUGUUAUUAUUGAAUUUAAGUACCUACGUAGACAGUGAGGUGAACGUGAGAUGUGAAUUUAUCAGGCAUGAGUGAAGUCGACUACUAUAGUGCUACGCGAAAGAAAAAUCACCCAUGACUCGACUGAUAGUGCUAACCAGUAGUGCCUAGAGAAACAAAGGGUUAAAAUUAUAAGUUAGUGUAUUCACAUAAUCAUGGGAGAUUCUGACAAUGCGCCUCUUUUGGACAAUGUAGAGUCGCAAAGUGCGUUUACAGAAUCCAGACAAGCUGAUUGUGAUGAAUCUCAAGUUUCGCGUUUCAGUGGUACCACAUGGAAUGUAUUUGGAGCAACGAUACAUUAUUUAGUGCAAACAUUAGUUGGUGCAUGUGUCUGUGUUACAAUGUGGUUUGCAUUCAAAACGGUACCUGUUAAUGCCUACCAGCUUCACAUCGGGCUGAGUGUUAUUGGAUACCAGCUUCUUAUGGCCCAUGGGAUUAUCUGCCUCCGCAGCAGUGGGUGGUCGUUUCUCAGUGUGAAGCAUCGUCGAAGAGUUCACUGGAUACUCCAAUUGUUGGGGUCAGUAAUAGCUAUUGCGGGAUCCGCAGUUAUGAUCAAUGAGAAAUCUAUACACUUCAACACUGUUCACGGGAAGUUAGCCUUAGCUGCCCUCAUCUUCACUUGCGCGAGUCUUAUCAACGGUUUGACAUCUCUGUACUCAGUGGAACUACGUCGUUUUAUACCGUGGAAACUUUCGAAGAUAAGCCACAUUAUCCUCGGUACCGCUGCUUUCGCCCUAUCCUCCGCUUGUCUGGUUUUUGGAUAUAACAAGAACAGUUUUAAGAAAUGGGCUUCGGAGGAAUUUGCAUACGUUUUAAUAGGUGUUGUGAUCACUUAUACUGCUGUAGUUAUCAUUGCGCCCUGUUAUUUUGUACUUAGGAGAAUAUGCUGUACAGAAUUUAAACUCUUCUAAUUUUAUAUUGAUGAGGUUUGAUGACGACGACCUUUGUGAUGUAAAACUAGAGGUCAUGUUUGAUACCCGCUUGUCUCACGUCUGACUAUUUCUCUACCGAUCGACAGUCGACCACGCUACGGUUGAAAUACGUUUGGACUAAGGUGUGCCCAGAAUUGGGACGAAUAUGCACCAUCUGUUUUUAUGCGUUAUAGUAACUUACUAUCUAUAACAGUCAGGUGAAGCGUGAGUGCUCACUCUUGCGAUAGACGUACCUCUAACUAGUCAAUUUACGGGUCGUUAUUAAUGCGUUAUUUUUGGAUUUCUCAAGUACGAUUUCGCAAAAGAAUGACAGUAACACGGACGCAUAAAAUAGUAAAAGUCAGUUUGUGAUAAUAAUUGAUAAGUAUAAGCACGGAUCAUUUUUACUUUGGAACAAUCGGGUGAUCAGCCUGUAAUGUCUUAAUUAAACUAGGGAUCAUAAAGUGAUUUUCGUGAUAUGUGCCCACCGGGAUUUAAACCUGGGGCCUCCGGACCGUGAGCCCAACGCUGAAACCACUGGACCACAGAGGCCGUUAUUUCAUGUUUUUUUUUGUUAUGUAAGUAUUUUUUUAUUCGUAAGGCGGCAAGUAUUUAUAACGUCCAUGUCUGCGUGUAAAGUUAAGACCAAAAGGGAAACGUGUACAGUGCGUAGACAUAAAAGUAUUAAAUAGAUUUACGAUGUAUAAGCAAUACGAUACGAUAUCUGUGAAUU